CAGCUAUCCGGCAUCAAUCUCGAUGACGGUCAGUGUGUCAGACAGAUUUUCCCUUGCAUCCGCUACGCAAAGGGAACGAUUGAUUACUUCCUGCAGCACAUUGUCUUCCCCAAAGAGGUGAGGGCAUUUCCUUAUAAGCUUUCAGCCUCGGGCUGGGACAUCGGCAAGGAGACAGCGAACCCAACCACAGGCUUCAGUGGAACAAACGACUCACGUGCUUUCCUCCCCCUGAGUGUCAAGCAACUUGAUCUUCCCGAUCAGAAGCACACGAACGCUCUAGUACUGGAGUAUCUUCUUCAGGACGAAAAAAUUCUGUGGCGUUGAUGCCAUUGAAAAAUCCAGCAUCAAAGUCAGAUGCAGAAACUCUCUUGGAGAUGGUAGUCAAGCUGGAUCCUCCGGCACGGGUCAUUCUCGACGUCGGGGCUCAGAUUUUGGAACUCGACAAUAUUGGGGUCGCAAAACGAUGGCUCGAGAUGACGGUGGAUAACGACAAAACGCAAGCCGUCAUUUUCUGCGAUGAGGAUGAUCACAUUUGUGUCGUUGACCGCAAAGGACGGAUCGAAGGUUUUCAGACCUCGCCUUUUGCCACUCAGACUGACGUCUGUCUUGUUUUUCUCGACGAAGCUCAUACUAGAGGCACGGAUCUGAAGCUACCGGAGAGUUAUCGAGCGGCGGUGACACUGGGAGCGAGUUUGACGAAGGAUAGAUUGGUUCAAGCUUGUAUGCGAAUGAGGAAGCUGGGAAAAGGUCAGUCAGUGGUAUUUUGCGUCCCAGACGAGAUCAAUCAGAAAAUGUCUUCUGCCUUUGAUCUCAGCAACAAUGUCUUGCAGGUGGAUCACAUCCUAGAGUGGUCCAUCAUGGAUACAUUCAAAGACUUACACCGUGGGAUAUGGCUGUGGGCGAACCAAGGCCGUCGCUAUCAAAAUCAGAAGUCUCUCUGGGAGGAAGCAAUGAUGGACGACGCAAAGACCCUGAGCAAGAGACACGCAGAGAACUUUCUGGAAGAAGAAGCGCAGACACUUGAAACACGGUACAAGCCUAUCUGCCAGCUUGUAUCAGAAGUUGCACAUGAAAGCGACAGAGACCAAGUCGAUGGUAUUACCAAAAGAUUACUCCAAUUUGGAGGACUCAAUCCGGAGUCCACCAGCUUUCGAGAAGAGCAAGAGAGAGAGCUGUCACCAGAAGUCGAGCAGGAAAGAGAAGUUCAGAGACCACCUGCAGCAAAGCCUGCACGACACGUCAUACACCCUGACGUCCGCGCUUUUGUCUCCCACGGAGUGAUCAGAAGAGAAUCAGAGGGAUUCAUGCCUGCCUUCAAGUCUUUCGCAGAGACUAGUGCUGCCAAAGAGUACGACGUCAGCCGGAUCCCACGGGGCCUCUUGGUCACCGCAGACUUUGCCCGGACAAUCGUCCCUUUACACAGAGGCUAUGUUUCAGAUCUCUUCCAGAGGUCAGUCCAAUGGAUUUUGACCAGUGUGUCAAAGACAGGGAGAAUUACGGUUGCUACGAUCAUCAGUCCCCACGAAGCCCAAGAGCUUUUGCCAGAGAUUGAGAGAUCUAGCGUGGUAUCUCUUCAUAUCUAUGCCGCGCGACCGAAUCUGGGCUUUCGACCUUUGGAUAGGUUAGAUCUUUACGUGAUUCCGCACCAACCGGUUGUCCGGACUCCAUGUCAUCGACUCGUCACCGAGCUCAACCUCUUCUCUGGUCAACUUUAUAUCAAGUCGAUGGAUGAUUAUCGAGACUUGCGGAAAUUCCUUACCUUGGACUCGGAGGACACACAUAUGGAUACCACAGGUGGUCUCGGGGUUGAUUCAAAUGAUAUCAUGGAUCGAGGAUCCCUCGUUCAGUUCUUCAAAAUGAUAUUGAUGAAAAUUCGAAGGAACUGUGAGUCGAUAGACAAAACGCACGUUGGACGAAUACUAGACCAGCGGGCCUUGGAUGCUUCGGACCUAGAAAAGGAGAAAUGAACGUACGCGAUAGAUCCCAACCCGGAUUGGAGAGAAGGAUGCAACACCGUACGCCGACUACUGGUGUCAGAGUAUUUAAUAGAUUUGAUGGUCUUUUUUCACUUAGAAUAUCUACUUACAGUCCGAAUUUACACAUCG